AUGGCAGAAGAACAGAGCACACCCGCCCGUGAUCGUCUGAACCAACUCUUCUCUGGCUGUCCUAGGCCGGCUCCACCAGAUCCUGGCAAACCUCAUUUCUCCGAGGUCGAACUUGACAAAAAGACAGCUCAAGACCAGGAACCAUGGACCAUCCCUGCGACAGCACAAUAUCCCCGCCAAAUCGUACACCCUCCGCAGCCUGAGAGAAACACUGACUGCCUCACAAGCUCUGACGAUGAAGAUGAUUAUGUCGCAGCGUUCAAACCAAAGGUGCAGGUGUCGAUGAAGCCGGCAUCAGACUACCCUGGCAGUUCGCGCCGGUCUGCCCUCCCGCAUCACAAUCCUCACAACACUCCUGCAGUCUCCUAUGAUGGAGUUGACGAAUCUAUUUCUUUUGUCCCAGGGGGCAAGGUGUCAUCCAAGGGCAAGGGCAAAGAUGCCGAUCUGGAAGAGCGAGUGUCUGCCAACCCUGACUAUGCAUGGCCCACUUCACCAUAUCCGGUCAAAGGGGUUUUCUGCCAGUUCUCACUUGCAGCAGCAUUUCCCUACAAGUACAUGAACGACAAGAACGACCGGGUGUCCAGACACUUUUUCGCCCAGAACAAGUUUUACCAAAAUACGUGGGACCUGUUCUAUCUGUACCCACCAUACACCCUCAGUUCAAAGCCAAUAUUGCUGGUCCCAUAUGCACAAUUCGCGGCCCUUGCCAUACGAAUCAGUGAAGCUUUCAAUGUCCCUAUUUCAGUGCCUCCCUUCCCCUUCACACUUACCUUCUAUGACGACGGCACUCCGCGACCACGGUUCAUUGGCAUAUCCAGGUCGAGAGAUAAGGCUAGGGAACUUCAAGAUCGCAUCCCUCCUCCAUCUGUUGGCCAUGGUGAGUGUCCUGAUGACGCCAGCCCCGAGGUUAGGCAAAACUUCGAGGCGUUCAGAGCGAUGUGCCAAGAUGCGCUUGCGGCAAGCAAGAGAAAAAGCCCGCUUUUCAAGCAGAAGAAGAAAGAAGAGGAUCGCUUACUCACGUAUCGGGAUUGGUAUUCGCAGCUGAGGAGAGCCCAGAGAUAUUUUGGAUUGCGCCGCAGACAAGCCAAACCCCAGCCACCCCCUGCAAAUCUGCCAUGGACCGAAGAACAACAAUACCAUCUACAGCAGAUCAGAAAGGCACACAAUACUCUGGAUCCCCUUGAUGUCAAUCUGCCGGCACCGUUUCCCUUUGAGAAACAGCCUGUGAUUAUUGCCGUCGACAUAGAAUCCUACGAAAGAGACCACAAACUCAUCACUGAGAUAGGUGUCAGCACUUUGGACACACUGGACCUUGUCGACCUUCCACCUGGUGAAGGUGGCAAAAACUGGACAAGCCAGAUUCGCUCUCGCCAUUUCAGAAUCCAGGAGCGUGCGCACAUGGUCAACAAAGACUUCUGCACCGGUAACCCUGACGCCUUUCAAUUCGGGAAAUCAGAGUUUGUUGCCCUCAGCGAGGCUGCUGCAAAGGUUGACUCUUGUUUUGAAUGGCCAUUUUCUGUGCAAUUCAAGCAUCCAGGCUUGUCAGGUUGGUGGGACAUCACGAGAAUAAGCUCUGAAAGUGAACAAGUGGACUCGAACGAGCCUCCUGCAAUGUCUGCCGGCGUCAGCAUCGGGCUAUCCAACAGUGAGCAAGCUCAAGCCAAUCGGGCAGCUGGUGCGCGUGUAUUGCAAGGACUCGAGGAUCCGGAUACCAUCAAAGAUGCCCUCGAUCAGGCCGACAAGGUUCCCACAAUCCCUGAGUUUCUCCAACGUGGCUCGAAAGAACGCAAUAUCAUCCUUCUUGGACACGAUAUCGAAAGCGAUCUCGCGUACUUGCGGGUAUUGGGAAGCAAAAUCUUCUCGCCAUCCCGUGCUACAUAUCCUGUAGCUGCAAUGAAUGCUGAUGAAGGAGCGUUCCAAAUCCUGGCUUCUAUCGUCGAGGCCCUGGACACGGCCAAGUUGUACCGAAUCCUCAAGCAAGAGAAGCAGAACCGCAAACUGGGAUCAAUUCUGCACGACCUCGGCAUUCCAUAUGAUUUCUUGCACAAUGGUGGGAAUGACGCCCGCUACACGAUGGAGGCGUUGGUUGCCAUGGCGAUCAAGGACCGUCUUGAGGAGGACAACCCCGAUAAGGAACGACGCGUCUCUACGACAGAAAACCAAGCCUCAGAUAUGGCUGAUAUGCCUGAUCCGGCGCAUUAUGGAGGAUGGAAUGCGAUUGGUGAGAAGGCUGAUGGCACAGUUUCCGCUUCUGCCGCGAGCAUGAUGCCUGCCAACGACGAGCCCGAGUCCGAUGCUUAUGAAGCAGCGAUCCUAGCUCCUUCGGAUUAUGGGUCUCCUCCUAAGGAAUUGGAUCCAGAGAUUGUCGCUGUAAUGGAGCGCUUGAAGAUGGACACGACCUGUGAUUAUGAGGAACCCAAGCGUCGGUUCUAG